AGCAAGCAGGCAGCUUCUUGUUUCCUGCCUGUUAUUUGGACGCAGCACAGCAAACCACAUACUUGUUCCCCUCCCCAAUGAUAAGCCCCCCAUGAAUCCCGUCGCCGCUCUCCUCGUUGCCUUGGCUGCCGCCGUGUCGGCCAGCCCGACGCUGGCCGAACGGGCGAGAGAUAAAUGCCCCCAAGUCAUCGAAGACGCCUGCUUUGAGAGGGCUGAAAAGUGCCAAGAGGAGAAAGGGGACUUCUCGUGCCCAUUCGUUGCCGCUGAAUUCUGCCCCUGCUUCGAUACAUACAAGAUUUGCAUGGUACGUGUGUUCCCGAUUCGUGGUAUCGAUGCGAGGCUGCUGCGGCUCCAUGCGAUGCUUGCUCACAAUUUGAUGCCACUGUUUGUAGAAGAGCUACAAGUGCUCCUAUUAACUUACUAAUAAACGGGCGGGUCGGUGCUUCCGAGGAGUGAAAGUUGCAGCCUGAAGUUGACGAUGUGCUGUGACGCUCCCUUGUGGUGGCGGGGUGUUGGUGCA